AUGAUAGUCCAGCGGAUAUCAAGAACAUGGAGCGUCUACACACUUACCUUCCUCAACAUCCUCACAUCCCAUCUCUCCCAAUCAAGUCCAAUAUCAGAGCCAUCGAAUAACACCCCAAACCACUCAACCCCCCGCGUCGACAUCCCCCCUUCAUUCUUCUACACCAACUCCGAAAUGAUCAUAACCUGCCAACCCAUCACAGAAAUAACCAGCGGCCGAUGGCCGCAACGACAAACCGCAAACAUCUAUCCUAUCUGGAUGACCGACUGGGCGAGUCUUACGCCCGCAGAACUGGAGUUACAAACGGGUGCUAUUCGACGGGUACAGGCGAAAUGUAAACGGGGGUGUAGAUGUUCCGAUGAAGGGGAGAUGGAAGAGAACCCUGCUGUGGGGACGGGGAAGGCACCGCAUUUGAAGCCGUUGUGUUCUGAGAAGGUUUUUUUUGCGGAGAAGUGUGCUUCGCUUUGGGGCUGCAUCUGCACAGCAACUUUAGACCAACCGCAACCUUCCAUCACGGGCGCAUCAAGAGAAGACUAUCAAAGAGCGCUAGAUAGAAUACCGACUACGAUCCAAGGUUUCAACAUGGGUUACCAGUGGCGUGAAGCACCUGAUGGUGGUCAUAUGGGGUUUACCCCCCUAGAUUUUGGUAUAGAUAUUGCUAUGGAGAAUAACGACGAUAAUAACAACAAUAAUAAUAACAACAAUGGUAAUGGUAAUAACGACGGCGGGCCUCCACUUUUUGGACCCGGCAAACCUGGUGAAGGUGGAGAGGGAGGAGCCGGGUGGGAUUGGGAUGAUGUUGGGGAGUUGCCGCCUGUUGAAAAUAUAUUUGGGGCUGGGGGUUUGGAUUUUAUGAAGGAUUUGUGGAAGUUUGGGGGUCCUGGUGGGGGUCCUGGUGGGUUUGGAUCGGGUGGUGGGGUUGUAAAGCGGGGGGUUAGUCUCCCGCAGGGCGGCGGUGAGGAUGAUGGUGUUAUGGCUCAUACUAAUGGAGUUCGAAGGGGGGAUCUGUUGGUUAAAUAA